UUCACGAGCUUAUAACUCGGAAUCAACUUCAUGACACAAAUUCCGAUUUUUAUACUCAGCCUGAAUGCAACAUCAGCUGUCAGGGAAACGUAAUUUUCUGCUUUUCAAAAUAAAAUAAUAUAACGCCGAGGUGUGAAAUACAAAACGAUAUACGCUCACGAUACUGAGUAUAAAUUGAUUCAUUACUUACUGAAUAUAUUUUUCGUGGAACACAUGCUUACUUAAUGCUGAAGGCACCGAUUUUUUUCCGGAUUAAAAAAAAUCUCGUUAAUCAUGAAUUUAAUUCUGAAAAGUCUCUUAGCGGAAAUGGUGUUGUUGAUUUGGGUAGUGGGCUAAAUUUGUAGUCAACACAACUGUGGCCUCGCAAUCCACAACCACCUGGGCGUGCGUUGAAUUGAUUGAGUCAUUGAUACCGUUUUCUGCACGGUCGUUCUCUUUGACCGAACUUCGGUGGGACAAGUGGUUCGAGGAUGGUCUUGUCCACAACACAACAAGUUGCUCUGGCGUUCACGGCGGUGCUGUUCACGUUUGUAGUCCUGCCAAAGCUGUUCGGCGUCGGCACUGGGACGAAGGAAUCGAGGCUCGACCCUCGCUACUCCAGAAAAGGUGCGCUUCGAGGUCCGCCGGUCAGCAUGGGAGCCCCCAGCUCACAUCAGUCGGCCGAGAGCAUGCAGCAGAUGAAGAAACUGAUGGAGCAGGAGAUGAAGGGCGACAAAUUCAAAUCCAACAACAACGGGAAGGGCUACGUGUUCACGCUCAUGCCGUUGUACGCCAUUGGGGUCGGAGUGUUUGCGGCAUACAAGUUUUUGAAGAUCAAGUCUUCAGAUGACCAAGCACAAAAGGAGAAAUUUACGAAAGGGGCCAAAAAGUCGGCCGAGGCAGAGAACCAGUUGAACGAACUGGAACAAAGGCUCGCCCAAACAGAAAGGAUGCUCAAUUCUAUUCUCACCCAGCUCGACCCGCUCACAAACUGCGCAAAAUCUGUGGCCCAGGAGCAGAAGAACGAGAUCAUGAGCCAACUCCAGACCAUCCGCGACCUCAUGAAAAAGAGAGGAAUGGACUGCCCGCCUAUGAACGAGGCCUGCUUUGAGCAAAGCCUGGGCAACCUCAUCGAGACGCUGGGCGCCAGCGGGACUUUGCCGGCCGGAGACCCGCGUGCCAAAAAACCCUCCGAAAAGUCACCAGGCAUCGCCGAAGCCGGCGACGUCGAGAAACCUCCCCCGGAGGAGGAAAUGGCGGAAAAGAAAGACGACGACACGGAAGAAACGGAGGAGGUUAAAAAAGAUGAUGAUGAGGAGGAGGAAGCGGAGGAAGGAGACGAGGAGUUUGAUUUCAUGCCUUCGCUCGCCGCCACAAACUGUGAGGAGAGCGGCAAAGAGCGGCAGGCGUGCGGCCUCAGGCGGCGCAACGUACUCGAAUGAACUUCUCGCAGGAAGUAUUUUACUGUAUAUGAUUAUUUAUUCUCUGAUUAUUCGUCCCAAAAUGUGGAUCUAUUCGGUUUCAUCGUCUACCAAAAAAAAACAGGACUUUAAUAGUUGUUGCUGAUUCAGCGUAAGUGCAAUCAGUCUUCUGUGCAAUCAGCAGCUGUUAUUAUGUGUGGAAAAUAAUACAUAUAUU